AGACGCCGCACCGGCGGGGUUGGUGGGGCUUGCGGGAGGGAGGACGAUGUGGGCGGGAUAGGAAACCGCCCCCUUUGGGACCGCACGAAACUGACGAGAGGACACGCGCUCCGCGCCCCCCACAACGGUCCCGACAAGGGGCGGGGCUGCCGCCUCCCGGAGCGAUGGGCGUUGCUGGGCCCCGGCGCGGCCCGGGCUGCUGCUGAGGCCAUCGCCGGCAGGCACGGGCGGCCAUCGCCAAGCUGUCGAAAGCGAGGGCGCCGGGAGCCGGCAGCGUUUGAAGCCUGGUGCAAUAUUGCGAUGGCAGCUCAGAUGACUGAUGCUCAUCGGCGGUUCUUGCAGGUCCUGAUGUCCCAUGGGAUAAUGGAAGGAUCAGAGGCUAGAAAAUUGCACAGGCACUGCUGUGAAGUCCAUAAAGUCUACUAUGCACAUGAUAAACUGGAUGAUUUCAUCAAUACUAUUAACAGCCAUCUCGAGCCUCUGUUUAUGCAGAUCCGGAAAGGAAAGUCGGAGGAUGAUGGGAGACCACAUUAUGCUUUAGUGAACUUGGCAGAAACCGAAAUAAGCAAAAUGGCAUCUGACUACACAGAAAAUGAAUUAGAAUUGUUCAGAAAAACAAUGGACCUAAUCAUUUUAUCAGAAAAUGGCUUUGCCUCUUCUACAGAUAUUUUAAACUUGGCUGACCAACUUAAGACAAAGAAAAUGAAGAAAAAAGAAGCAGAGCAAGUGCUGAAAGUUUUUGUGGAGGACAGGUUGCUCUCUGAGAGAAAUGGAGAAUACACUCUGCAUACUCGCUGUAUAAUCGAGAUGGAACAGUAUAUUCUCAACAACUACCAAGAUGUGGCAAGGAAGUGUAACAUCUGUCACAGCCUGGCCAUCCAGAGCCUAGUAUGUGACUCCUGUGGAACUGGAAUGCAUUUACCUUGUGUCAGAAUGUACUUCAGAGCUCAGGCUGAACCACGCUGCCCACAGUGUAAUGAUGUCUGGUCUUGUGACAUUCCAGGUGUGAGUCGGGUAGACUCCCAGUCACCAUCAACAACAGGAAAGCUGAGAAGAGCCUAAUUCUCAGCACUAGAUGAUGCUAGGAAAAUUUGCUUUCAGUGAAAUCUUUUUUUCCCACUCCUGUAAAACAGCCAGACUGUACUGUAUUCAUUAGUAACAGUGCAUUGUUCAGUGUACUUUUUUUUUUUCCCUAAAGUUUUAAGAAUCUUGCAAUAAACUAUCAUUGCCCUUCCUAAUGUCUUUGUUCACAGUUACACCUGCGCAGAUUUCUUGGAGGCUGUUUUGUAUGCAUGGUUCUCCACGUUCUGCAGUUGCAACUCUUCAGUGCAUGUUUGGGAAAGAACGAUACAAACACUUUCAGUCAGUCCUGCAAGCUGAUCUAUGCAGGUGAACAAUCCAAAGAAGCCUUUCUGAGCAACAGCAUUCCCUGUGUCAUGGGUUUCUCUGGAGGCGUUUCUGGUAAUAGGGAAGAGGCUGUAAAGAUGGCUCUAGUAAGAAGUUGCUCAAAACUUCCUGUGGCUUUGAGCCAGACCCACUUCUGGGGCUAAGCCAAAUGGGUGCCUCCACAGUCACUUUUUAAGAAGCCAGAAGAAGAAGAAGGUUCUUCCUGUUCUUUUUUUUUUUUUUUGUGGGUGGUGGUGGAAGGAGAGAAAAGCAGCCAUAUGGACCCCAAGGUCAGUGAGGGAAGAGAGGAGCGAUGUGCUGGAGCACAGACCCUUCUGCAUCAUGAGAUGGCACCUGUCCCCCUGCAGCCUGGGAAGAGUGGUGAAGCUGAGAUUUGUUGGCAGUUCAUGGAGGACCCCAUACCAGGGGUAGUGACUAAGCCCAGAGGAGGCCACUGGCAAGGACUCGCCCCAGAGAGGUUUGUUAAGGACUGUGUGGGAGGGACUCCAUGUUGGAGCAGGGGAAGAAUGCGAGGAGUCCUUGUCUGAGAAGGAAGCGGCAGUCUGUGAGAGACUGACCACAUCCCCCAUUCCCUACCCCACCCUUCUGAGCCAUUGAGGGGGGAGGAGGUAGAGAUGUUGGGAGCACUGAGCUGAGCCCAGGAAGAAAGGAGGGAUGGGAAAUCUUAAAGUGCUGGUUGUAACUUUCUCAUCAUUCUGCUGUUCCUUUUGCUUUCUGUCCUGUUUCUAGUAGGUAGUAGAAUAAACUUUUCUUACUUUUCUAA